AUGUCUGCCAGCCCAUCUCCUUCCGCUGGUGGCGAUAGCAAGACAAAUGAACAGGUCCACUUUCGAUUUUGUCGCGAAUGCUCGAACUUGCUUUACCCGAAAGAAGACCGCGUCAACAACCGUUUGAUGUUUACGUGUCGAACCUGCCAUGUCGGCGAGCCCGCAAGCUCAUACUGCGUCUAUCAAAACAAGCUUAACAGCCAAGUCGGAGACACAGCUGGUGUGACUCAGGAUGUGGGAUCUGAUCCUACGGUUUGUCUCCCAGGUUUCUGUGCUCAUUGCGGGGAGGAGAUCACCUGUUACUCUUGCGGCCAGCCCUCUGAAGAUGAGUUGUCCGAAGAUGAUUACGAGGGGUUUUCAGUGCUUUGA